GAUGCCCGGUUGAGCCUACUCUUGGUCUCCUGAUGUCUGCAUCCCAUCCCAUCACGAACCUCCCUGUCCCAAGCUCUGUCCCAAACCCUUCUCUCCCUCCGAUUCAGCCACAAUGCUUCUCGACACCAUCGUCACCGGCCUGCUGCUGGUCGCCAGCGCCGCCGCAAUCCCCAUCGAGACCCCCAUGGAGCUCAUCAAGCGCGCCCCGAGCGCCGGCGUCGUGAUCCAGAAGUGCGCCAAGCCCGGCGUCUUCGCCCUCGCCUACGACGACGGACCCUACCAGUACACCUCGCAGCUCGUCGACAUUCUCAACAACGGUGGCGCCAAGGCCACCUUCUUCAUGACUGGCACCCUCUACGGCUGCAUCUACAACCAGCGCGCCGCCGUCAAGAAGGCCUUCGACUCGGGCCACCAGAUCGCCUCCCACAGCUGGACGCACCCCCAGAACUUCGGCAGCCUCAGCCAGGCCCAGCUCACCUCCGAGAUGCAGAAGCUCGAGCAGGCCGCCGUCAACAUCAUCGGCAGGAAGCCCGCUUACAUGCGCCCGCCCUACCUGGCCACCGGCGGCUCCGUGCUGCCGACGAUGAAGACGCUGGGCUACAAGGUCAUCACCAACGACGUCGACUCGGGCGACUGGAACGGGCAGACGGCGGCGCAGAGCCAGCAGAAGUUCCAACAGGCUGGCGCAGGCGGCAACGGACACAUCCCCCUGAUGCACGAGACGUACGCCAGCACGGUGCAGACUCUGACGCCCUGGCUGAUCAACUGGGCCAAGCAGAACAAUCUCAAGCUGGUUACCGUUGCCGAGUGCCUCAACGACGGCAGCGGAGCCUACCAGCCUGGUACCUUUACCGGCAAUGGCGCGAAUUCCUGCUGAGUGCACGAUGGCAAGCAUGGGUGGGAAUGAGAGGGUAAAAAGUCCCUGAAAAUAUUAUAAUGCCGGGUUGGUUGGGGUGGCGCUGAGAAGUACGGCGAUUUCAUGAACAUAAAGAGGACGCUCAUGUUGUUUUCUACACAAGAAUGAUGAUGAUAUUCCCCUAU